GAUCAAACUGCCAGAGGGGAAGCAGCGCGUGUCAGUGUCCGCAGUCAUGAACCCCAAAAUGAAAGAUCUGCUUCUGGUGGUUUGCUUGGCAAUGUCCGCGGUGCUUCAUGGCUGUGCCGGGCAGAUGGUGGCCAUUCAGCAGACAGAGGCGAGAGACGACGGCGACACAGACGGCAGUGGUAAGAUUGCUCUCCCCGAGGCGUCAAAUGAUCCGACCAUCGGCAACAUCGAUGCCAAGAGAUCCGCACAUGAGGAGUGAGUGGGUGCGGGAGGGAGGGAGGGAGCGAAGCACGUGUGCAGAGAGGCCUCACGGGGCUCAUUUCUAAUGGUUGAUGUGUCUGAAUCUGUGUGUGUGUGUGUGUGUGUGGUUUCAGUCUGCUGUAUUGGGCCAUCAGGAACAGUGACCCCGACAAGAUCGCCGACUUGGCUGCCAGGUAUCAGGCAGAGGGCCUCACCAUCAAAGACAAACUGGGCCAGGAGCUCUUCGACGAGUUCUUCGUAAGACUUUCCCCUCCCUCCCUCCCUCCCUCCUUCCUCCAUUAGUCACCAUGAGUUGUAUCUCUGUGCGCCUUGUGGGUGGCUGUGUGCUCAUGGCACCAGGUUGAGGAGACCGACAUUAUGAAGCGGAUCGUGUCGCACCUAAAGAACGACACACUCAUACACAAUGACCCGGACGCCAUCGAGUGAGAGAGAGGCACUCUGAAACGCAAACCACAGUAGGGAGGGGGAGGAAUACUCGUUCUGUGUGUGUGUGUAAAUGUAAGAGCAGAUUUGCUUGAACUGGAAGAGCUCAUGGUGACCGACCGGCCAGCCAGACGGACGGACAACCGUCACACAACGAGAAGCUGUGCCGUCUCUGUUCGUGCGUGUGUUUGUUUGCUUGUUUGUGUCAGCACCAAGUCGACAACGCCAUGAACCUCAGGGCCAUCGGGUAAGCAAACCAACCACAGACCCACACACAGCCAGCCAUGAGCGCUGUGCUUCUGUGUCUGUGUGUUGAUUUGAUUGCAGCGGUAUGGGCGUCGUGGUGUCGCUUAUCUUCAAUGACACGCUGCCAGCCAGGUAGGGUAGGUGGGGAGGUCGGUGCGUCUGUGUGGGUGGCAACAACACUCGUCGUGUCCUCCUCGUGAGUGCAGCGUAAGGACGGCAGCCACAUGGACCAUUGGCACCGCCGCACAGGUGGGAAGGGACGAAAGAACGAACCAACAAUCAUUCUGGUGUCUGUCGGCGUGUUGAUUGCUUCCUCCGGUGUGCAGAACAAUCAGCAGGUGCAGGCCGACCUGCGAGAGCUCAACUUCCUGCCCAGGAUGGGGCCGCUCACAAAGCUGGAGUGCGCCCACUCGGGGUUUGCCAACCUGACUGAGGCUCACGCCAAGCCGUCGCGGGAGCUAUGCGGCAAGCUGCUCUACACCCUGUCGGCCAUCAUCAAGAACAACAGAGACGUACGACGAAAACACAGGACAAAAUCAGAAGCCCACCACGUACUGACUGACAGAUGGCCCGCGUGUUGUGUUGCCCCGCCCACCUGUGUGCAGGCUCUGGCGGAGGCCGACCAGCUGGGGGUCUUCACCUGGAUGGUCGACGCACUGCCCAGAUUCGUCGAGGCGGACCGUGCGAGCGCCCCAAUACUGAAAAAGGUGAGGUUAGGUGAGAGAGCCAUGCAGGCCGCCAUCUGUGCAGACAGGUGCGUGUGUGUGGGUGGGGGUGUGUGUGGUGCAGGUCGUAGCAUUAUUGGAGACUGCUCUCGUGCAGCGGCCUGACAGCGACUGGGUUGACCAUCUCGCACUCAGACAACCGGUGGACAGACAGCGAGACGAAAACGACACGGUCCCCUCAUCUGUCUGGUGGGGCGGGGCGGUGCGGUGUUUGUGUGUCAGGAGGAGAGCAUGGCAGUGGUGCUCCGGUCGCUGCUCUCAGCCCCAAUCAACACAAUGCCCGACGGCCGAACCGUCAACCUUGACCUCUCAGAAAAACUCCUGGCUCUCGGUCGGUACCAUACACACCCCAAUCAUAAUAGCGGUUCACUCCCAUGCACUUUCCCACUCCCUGCCUGUCAGGUGCGGCCAUCUACGAGAGGUCCUCAGCCGCCAAUUCGUUCGCAGGCAAUGGCAUGUCAGCGGACCCCACAUCCCUUCUCGCCGGUCUUCACGCCAGUGAGGCCUCCGUGGCUGCCUUCAAGAAGGGGGCUGACGAUGUCGUCAGCGGGUGCCUCAACGCCACAAAGGCUGACGGCGGCAAGGGAGAGGAAGAUGCAGCACACGGUGAGCACACCACCAGACGCGUCGAUCUACCUCUGUGUGUGUUGUGGCCGUCCAUCGCUCGUCAAUCAGCGUGCAGCGGGCUGCUCGAGCUCUACCACCAUCGGCUGGAGGCCCCGCUCACCAACGACCUGUCGCGGAUACGAGAGGCCAGACACGCGCUGGAACCACACCAUGGGGAAGAGGAGAAAGGGGUGCACCGCCACCAUCCACCACCAGAGAAGACAAGGAGGGAAGAGCUGUGAGUGGUGAGUGCGUGGUGCAGAGCGGCUGCUGGGUGUGUGCGUGUGUACAUAUUCGUCAGAGACUCGAUCGACCUGCGACGCUAUGCUUGAGAUCGAUGUGACGGACCGACGUCAUGUGUGUCCAUACGAACUGAUAAAGCCUUUAUUUGUG